AUGGAGGGAAGUGCGCUCGCCCUCUCGCAAUUCCGCACGCGGCUCGGCUCGCCGCUCCUCCUCUCCGCGGACGCCAGCUCCGCCGCGCGCAGCAGCUCAGGGAGGAGCAGGUCCUCCAGGUACGACACGGGAGCGCCUCCGAGCAGAGCAGGAAGGGGUAGGGUUUGGAAGCGUGAUGAUCCGGAGGCUUCACCUCGCCGAGCAGGGAUUAGUGGAAUUCCAAAGCUUCAUCCGAAAUUCUCUAAUAAAGGAGCAGGUGGGACAAAUAAGGUUCCGGUUAUUAAUUUCGAGGUUUCUCACCACAGAGCAGUCGCAGCGGUGAGGUUGCUAAGAGCUGACAAGGGGAAGGCGUUUGUUGAUCUUUUAAAUGAGAAAGCAAACGAUUCUGCGGAGAAUGAGAUGGGCUAUGUAGAAAGGACGUUAGGAUUCAGUACACGGAAUUUGGAUGACAGGGAUAUAAGACUGGUUACUGUCAUAGUAGCUGGAACUGUACGUUGGAAACGCUACAUCGAUUUUCUUAUCAUGUCACUCUGUAGUGACGAGAAGGUGUUCAGCAAAAUGGAACCACUGCUGCUGCAGAUACUACGAAUUGGCUUCUUUGAAAUUCUCAAACUUAACGUACCAGCUUAUGCAGUCGUUGAUGAGAAUGUAAGACUUGCGAAAGUAGCUUUAAGGCCUGGUGCCGGGAACAUGGUGAAUGCAAUUCUGCGCAAACUUCUAUCACUGAAGGAGACAGACUCUCUUCCUCUUCCAAAGAUAGAAGGUGAUGAUCGUGCCCAAGCUCGUGCACUUUCCAUAAUUUAUUCUCAUCCUGUUUGGAUGGUGAGAAGAUGGAUCCGAUUUCUUGGAAAAGAAGAAGCUCUAAAAUUGAUGGAUUGGAAUAACAGUGACCCUUAUUUUAGUUUAAGGGUGAACACAACAAAUGGCUAUACAAGGGAUGACCUUAUUAACCGAUUGGACGAUUUGCAGGUUCAUUACGAAAAGUCAAUUAUGGAUGAAUUUGUCCGCAUUCGUGAGGGCAUGCAGGCGGUCUUACAAGCGGGAUUACUGAAAGAAGGCAUGUGUGCUGUGCAGGAUGAGAGCGCAGGUCUUGUUGUGUCUGUGGUCGAUCCACAACCUGGCGAAACAAUCAUGGAUUGUUGUGCUGCACCUGGCGGGAAAACUUUGUUCAUGGCAUCCCGACUGGCAGGACAAGGGAAGAUAUGGGCUCUUGACAUAAACAAAGGUCGCUUGAGAAUUCUCAUGGAGGCAGCAAAGUGCCACAACCUUGAUGAUAUAAUCACUGAUGUCCACGGUGAUCUUCGACUAUAUGCUAAGGAAAGCACUGCCAAAUAUGACAAGGUAUUAUUGGAUGCUCCAUGCUCUGGGCUGGGCGUCCUUUCCAAGAGGGCAGACUUGCGUUGGAAUCGACAAUUUGAAGAUCUGGAGGAGUUGAUAUGUUUGCAAGAUGAGCUCCUUGAUUCAGCAUCACUGUUGGUAAAGCCUGGUGGUGUACUAAUCUACAGUACAUGUUCCAUUGAUCAUGAAGAAAACGAGAACCGGAUUACUGCUUUUGUUCAGAGACAUCCGGAGUUUACCCCGCAGAGUGUACAUGGAUAUGUUCCUGCAGAAUUUAUCACAGAUGAAGGUUUCUAUUCCUCAAGUCCAACUAAACACUCUCUGGAUGGGGCAUUUGCUGCUCGUCUUGUCCGGUCAUUGCACUAGGACUCCCAGAACUAGUCUCUUAGAGGAGGAUAGCUUUAUGCGCUCUGCGGUGCAUAUUGCUUCUUGGACUGCAUUCAGUAAGUUGUAUCGUAGACAGUAUAAUGCUGAGGCCGUCCUUAUAGGCACACUGUCAUUUUGAAGUUGGGUGCCACAGUAAUAUGUGUUGCGAGCUAGAUGUACCUGGAGUUGAGCCUGCCGGAUACCUGAGCUUGUCUAUUAGUUAGGCCCUGUAAAAUUAUCUGAUAAAGUACGUUUGUUAUGCAUUAUGUCUCUUCUUGUGCAGUAACAAGCAAUAAUCUCAAGGUAGAUGAUCAUACAUAGACGUACGUCUAGAAAUUUAUCAGAUGAAGUGUAUUUCAAGAGAAACACAAUUUUAUAAAUAUACUGCUUCGUUAGACACC